ACUGUGAAACCUGCCAAGCUGGACGCCACAGCUUUGAACGACCGCACUUUGGCCACCACCGUGCCCUCUCCUGAUCCAGCCGGCCAUGCAGUCCUAGCCUGUAAUGCAGGCAUUCAUGAAGAGCACUAUGUAAGUGAAGCCGUGGAACAAGAUGCCUCAGACUACAGGGAGUACAGAGAUGCCGGCACCAUUACUGAUGUGUGCAAUAGUACUGAUCUUCCCGAAGUUGAAAUCAUCAGCCUGCUGGAAGAGCAGUUGCCCCACUACAAGCUAAGAGCAGAUACAAUCUACGGUUAUGACCACGACGACUGGCUCCAGACGCCUCUCAUUUCUCCUGAUGCCAAUAUUGACUUAACAACUGAGCAAAUAGAAGAGACACUGAAAUACUUUCUUUUAUGCGCUGAAAGAGUGGGCCAGAUGACUAAAACAUACAAUGACAUUGAUGCUGUUACACGUCUUCUUGAAGAGGCAAAGCGCGAUUUAGAAUUAGCAGCUAGAAUCGGCCAGUCAUUACUGAAGAAGAAUAAAACUCUAACUGAGAGAAAUGAACUCCUUGAAGAACAAGUAGAACAUAUCCGGGAAGAGGUUUCUCAACUGCGUCAUGAGCUUUCCAUGAAAGAUGAGCUGCUUCAGUUUUAUACCAGCGCUGCUGAAGAGAGUGAACCAGAGUCCAUCUGUUCAACUCCGUUGAAGAGAAACGAAUCGUCUUCAUCCGUCCAGAACUAUUUUCAUUUGGAUUCUCUUCAGAAGAAACUAAAGGACCUUGAAGAAGAGAAUGUGGUGCUUAGAUCAGAGGCCUGCCAGCUGAAGACCGAAACCAUUACUUAUGAAGAGAAAGAACAGCAGCUUGUGAACGACUGUGUGAAAGAGCUCAGAGAUGCCAACAUCCAGAUUGCCAGCAUCUCUGAAGAGUUAGCCAAGAAAACCGAAGAUGCUGCUCGACAACAGGAAGAAAUCACCCAUCUUCUCUCUCAGAUAGUGGAUUUGCAGAAAAAGGCCAAAGCUUGUACGGUGGAAAAUGAAGAACUUGUCCAACAUUUGGGAGCAGCUAAAGAUGCACAAAGGCAGCUUACAGCUGAAUUACGAGAGCUGGAAGACAAGUAUGCCGAGUGCAUGGAAAUGCUUCAUGAGGCGCAGGAAGAGCUGAAGAACCUUCGGAACAAGACUAUGCCAAAUGCCAUCUCACGCCGUUACCACUCAUUAGGCCUUUUCCCCAUGGAUUCUUUGGCUGCAGAAAUCGAAGGAUCAAUGCGGAAAGAGCUGCAUCUGGAUGAACCCGACUCUCCCGACUUAACCCAUCACAAAAGAGUCUUUGACACGGUGCGAAACAUCAACCAGGUGGUGAAGCAGAGAUCCCUAACCCCGUCUCCAAUGAACAUCCCAGGAUCCAACCAGUCUUCAGCAAUGAACUCUGUCAUUUCUAGCUGUGUCAGCACCCCACGAUCCAGCUUCUAUGGAGGAGACAUCUCCAAUAUUGUAAUAGACAACAAGACUAACAGCAUCAUCCUAGAAACUGAAUCCGACUCUGGAAAUGAAGAAAAGAAGAAACCUGGAACUCCAGGAACUCCUGGCUCUAGCGACCUGGAAAUCGCUCUCCGAAGGCUGUCUCUUCGGAGAGAAAACUAUCUGUCAGAAAGGAAGUUCUUUGAAGAAGAGCAGGAAAGAAAGCUGAGAGAAUUGGCAGAGAAGGGUCAACUCCACAGUGGCACCGUUACUCCAACAGAGAGUAUCAUGUCGUUGGGAACUCACUCCAGGUUUUCUGAAUUCACUGGAUAUUCAGGAAUGUCUAUCAGCAGUCGCUCAUACCUCCCAGAGAAGCUUCAGAUUGUGAAGCCUUUAGAAGGUUCUGCCACUUUGCACCAUUGGCAGCAGCUUGCUCAGCCUCAUCUGGGGGGAAUCCUAGACCCACGGCCUGGGGUUGUCACUAAGGGCUUCCGGACUCUGGACCUCGACGUAGAUGAAGUAUACUGCCUUAAUGAUUUUGAAGAAGAUGAGACAGGUGACAUUGCAUUCAAGGGCCUAACUACCUCAACGCCAGUUCAGCACACUGAGACCUCAGGUGAGAGGUCCCAAGCACAAGUGACUGUUUCAGACAGCGAGAAUUUCCCAAGUCGCUCAGAGGGUUUCCCAGAGGAGAUGCAGGAACCUGCGACUGACGAUGAUGAGGGGUCUGUACAUCAUCCUGGGAAGUGCAUGUCACAAACCAACUCCACCUUCACCUUUACCACCUGCCGCAUUCUGCAUCCUUCUGAUGAGCUCACACGAGUCACUCCAAGCCUUAACGCAGCACCUACUCCAGCUUGUAUCAGCGUUGGCAAUUUGAAAGGCACUCCAGUGGCUACACCAUGCACUCCACGGCGUCUGAGUUUGGUAGAAUCCUCCACCAACCUUCGGGAGUCCACAACUACUAUGAGCACAUCCUUGGGGCUUGUUUGGCUUCUCAAGGAGCGCGGGAUAUCAGCAGCAGUGUACAAUCCGCUGAGCUGGGACCGAGCUGGCAGGAGCACCCUCCUGAGCACACACUCUCCAAAAAUGGCUGCCAUUCCUUCCACCCCUCCCAAUUCACCUAUGCAGACACCUUCUUCUUCACCGCCAUCUUUUGAAUUCAAAUGCACGAGCCCCCCUUACGACAACUUCCUGGCUUCCAAACCGGCCAGUUCCAUUCUGAAGGAAGUGAGGGGAAAAAAGAAUAUCAGGAAUAUUGAGAGUCAGACAGAUGUGUCUGUCUCCAACCUUAACCUAGUAGACAAAGUUAAAAAGUUCGGGAUCGCCAAAGUAGUUAGCUCGGGGCAAGCACAAGCUCCUAUGGUAACUGACGAUCGAGGACCUCUUCUCUGUGGGGCGCAAAGACCAGUCAAGGCCUUCGUUCCUGGGGGCCUCAUGCCAGAAGGCUUGCCUUUGGGUCCGGCUGUAACGGGUGCUAUUGGGGGCAUUCAGUUGAACAGUGGCAUUAGGAGGAAUCGCAGCUUCCCAACCAUGGUGGGUUCCAGUAUGCAGAUGAAAGGGCCAUCCACUUUAACUCCGGGCAUCCUAAUGGGAGCUAAGCUCCCCAAACAAACUAGCUUACGAUGAAAG